GGUUUGCGAACUCUUUGCGCAUGGACGUGCUUUUAUUCACGCGCAUAAAAUUGUAAAAUUUUGCUAGUUUUAUCUGCCGCCUGUGCAUAAAAAUUAGUACGAACUAUUCCGAUAGACACGGUGCGUUCCUUGGUGGAGACAAUUGCGGCAUCUUGGCCCCGAAUUGUUCAGUUUUGGUGGUUUCUUUUGUGGCACUGAGGUUGCGAAGUCGCCAUUCCUCCUGUGACGUCAUUAUUUCUGGAGCUUUCAUCUCCCACCUCUGUGGCAGUAUUGGUGAGCUUUUGUUCACUCAUCGAGAGAUUACAGUGCUGCAUCGAGGAAUUACACGCACUCAAUGCCUGCCACGAGGGAUUGUCCCAGCGUUUGCCACAUGUGCAAGAAACGCAUUUCAACCAAAUUUUUCCCCGGUUUAAAGUGCGGAGGUGGAUGCGAGAGAUGGUUUCAUGGAGCCUGCAUCGACCCGCCGCUAAUGAAGGAGGAUAUUCAGAAGCAUGAGGAGGGAAAGCUCGAUUGGGUGUGCGGUGAAUGCAUCACCCGCGAUGGUGGUGUAUGUGACGCAACGCGUACGAUGAGUGCACCAAGUACUGUUGGGAUCUUGCCUGUGGAAUUCCGGCGGGAGAUUGACAUCUUAAGGACCAGAUGCGGGUGUCUGGAGUCUGAAAAUGAGGCUCUCCACGGUCUCAUUAGAGCCUUAUCUGCUAGGCUUUCUGCUCUUGAAUCUAAGAGUGCCGGACCGUUCCAUUCUUCUCCACGCAGUUCUAUGCCGGGAAAGUCCCUCAUUUGGCCUGUUGGGGGUCGUGAUCUUGAUGCUUCAGCUGACAAAUCUUUAUUUGGUGGUGCCCUCAAUGUCCCGGGGCCGGCAACUGAUGAGCUACAGAAUCGUCCGGGAACCUCUGGCGCUGCUCGGGCUCAUUCAAACCUGCGUGCCCGUACGGAGAAUGGCCCUGCACGAUCGGGGCGUGAUGUGGGGCGCUCUGAGCGUCAUAUGGUCGUGGUGGGUCGUGCCAAGCCAGCGAAUGCUCUACCGACUGUUCCCCGCUACCGAUGGCUUUUUGUCACGCGUCUGGCAAGAAGUGUUACUGUGGAUCAGCUGUGUGAUCGCCUCGAGGGAUCUCUCUCGACGCGACGACGCCCCCGAUGUGUCAAUUUAAUUCCGUUGGAGGAUACGAGCCGGCGUGUGGGCUCGUUCCGUGUGGAGCUCCUGCCCGAUGAGUUUAAGGAGGCUCUUCAGCCGGACUUCUGGGACGAUGGAAUCCUUGUUAAGGAGUUCCUUUUUCGCUCCAGGCGAGGGAGGACAACGCGCCCCCGUGAAGAGACCGCUGCCCCUCCGGGGGAUGAUGAUGCUGGAGAGCCGGGAGGACGUGAGGAACGGCCGGUCUCGGAUGGGGGGGGAGGCGAGAGUGCCCACCCACAUUAAUGCUCGAAGUGUGAGACGACAUAUAGAUGAGAUACGAUAUCUUAUGCUGAAUUCGCCGCUCUCGGUUCUCUGUAUGUCUGAGACUUGGCUGGAUUCAUCCGACUCUGUGGAGGCGGUGGGUGUUCAGGGCUUCAGGUUAUUCAGAAGUGAUCGAUUGUCCCGCAGGGGUGGUGGAGUGGGAAUCUUUGUACGGGACAGUUUCAAGGCUUCAUUGAUCUGUGCCGGUGUUUUUGGCACUUUAGAAUACAUUGGAAUUCAAAUAUCCCUAUUUGGUAAGAAUAUAACGAUAUUUUCUUCUUAUAUUCCUCCGCCAGUCUCAACCUUGAAUUACAUUGAGGAUUUUUUAAAUUUCGCAAUUCCAAAUGAAAAUCUCAUUUUAAUGGGAGACUUUAAUGUCAACCUUGCUAAAAAAUGCCUCUUGAGUGCUCGGUUUCGUGGUCUUCUCUCUUCACUUUCUCUUACUUAUACUCCUUUUAGUCCCACGCGUCUUGGAUCCCUCCUAGAUCUCAUGUUAAUACCUGAAACUGAUUCAUCUAAAUUACUGCAUUUUGGUCAAGCUCCUUUGCCUGGCAUUUCGGACCACGAUAUGAUCUUUGGUUCCUACAAUUUUCGUCUUCCUAAACCUGAGAAUAAAUACAAAUUUGUAUCUGAUCUGCGUAAUUGCGACAAAGAAGCUGUAGUUUCUGCAGCCUUGGAAGUCGAUUAUCAAUCAUUAAAAUUUGUUGCCUGUCCUUCUGAGCGUGUACUCUCAAUUACUGAAAAUAUUAAUACUCUCUUUGAUUCUUUU